AAUUUCUGUAGGAUCCCACGGUACAGGCGGCAUCAUCAAUUUUUGAGCUGCUGGAUGCCAUAAAUACCCAAGUCUUGCAGAAGUCAAUAACUGAGAGAGAGAGCGAGAGAGAGAGACAUUGCAACCAUCAAAACAGAGCUGUGAAUUUUGUCCCCCCCAGCCAAAUCUUCCUCUAUAUGUGUACCGAAUAUUAUCUGGUCCUCUCUUAUUUUAGAUCGCAUUAAGCUUCCCUACCAACUAUCAAGCUCUCUGUCCUUUUUUUUUUUUGUUUAAUUCUUGUGCUACUGUGUUUGAUGAGGUUUUGUCCCAGUUCAGAGAUCAUAUAGCGAACAAUGGAGAAGCUCCGUGGCAAGAACAAAAAGAAGCAGAACCACAAGGUGGGUGACAACAAGAAGGUCAAAGGGACAGUAGUGUUAUUGAAGAAAAACGUGUUGGACUUCAAAGAUGUGAAAGCCUCAUUGCUUGAUCGGAUUCAUGAAUUGUUGGGCAAGUGUGUCUCCCUGCAGCUCAUCAGUUCUGCUCGUCCCGAUCCAGAGGAUGGAUUAAGAGGGGAGCUCGGAAAGGUGGCAUACUUGGAGAAAUGGAUUAGAACAAUUACGCAUUUUCCAGGGGGAGAAACUGUAUUCCCCGUUACAUUCGAGUGGGACGACUCCAUGGGUGCUCCUGGAGCUUUAAUUGUCAAAAAUCACCACCACAGCCAGUUUUAUCUUAAGACAGUAACCUUGGAAGAUGUUCCUGGGCAUGGUCGUAUGGUUUUCGUCUGCAAUUCUUGGGUUUACCCUGCACAUCGUUACAAAUACAACCGUGUGUUCUUCUCAAACAAGACCUACCUUCCAUGUCAAACCCCUGAGAUGUUAAGGAAGUACAGGGAAGGAGAGCUAGUAAAUCUGCGGGGCAAUGGAUCAGAGGAGCUCAAGGAAUGGGACAGAGUUUAUGAUUAUGCUUACUACAAUGAUUUGGGAAGUCCAGACAAAGGUCCAGACUAUGCACGCCCUGUUCUUGGUGGAUCAAAGGAGUAUCCCUAUCCCAGAAGAGGAAGAACUGGUCGAAAACCUACAAAAACUGACCCCAAUUCUGAGAGCAGAUUGCCACUUCUAAGCCUUGACAUUUAUGUUCCAAGAGAUGAGCGGUUUGGCCAUGUGAAGUUCUCGGAUUUUCUUGCCUAUGCUCUGAAGUCCCUAGUUCAGAUAUUGCUCCCAGAGCUGGCAUCUUUAUGUGAUAAAACCAUUAAUGAGUUUGACACCAUUAAAGAUGUACUUAAUCUCUAUGAACGGGGUAUUAAGCUACCAAAUGGACCUACACUUGGUAAAAUUAGAGAGUGCAUUCCUUGGGAGCUUUUGAGGGAACUCGUUCGUAAUGAUGGUGAACGAUUCCUCAAAUUUCCAAUGCCUGAUGUGAUCAAAGAGGACAGGUCUGCUUGGAGGACAGAUGAAGAGUUUGCACGAGAAAUGCUUGCUGGAGUGAACCCUGUUAUCAUCAGCCGCCUCCAAAAAUUUCCCCCAACCAGUGAGCUGGACCCUAAAGUCUAUGGGAAUCAAAAUAGUACAAUAAGAGAAGAGCACAUUGAGAAGAACCUGAAAGGGAUCACUGUAGAUCGAGCAAUAAAAAACAACGGGCUAUUCAUAUUAGAUCAUCAUGAUGCACUGAUGCCAUACCUGACUAGAAUAAACUCGACAACCACAAAAACAUAUGCCACACGAACGCUCCUUUUGCUGCAAGAUGAUGGGACAUUGAAGCCCUUGGCUAUCGAGUUAAGCUUGCCACAUCCACAAGGGGAGGCUCAUGGUGCGGUCAGCAUAGUUUUCACUCCAGCAGAGGAAGGUGUUGAAGGUUCGUUGUGGCAGCUGGCCAAAGCCUAUGCCGCUGUUAACGAUUCUGGCUACCAUCAGCUCAUUAGCCACUGGUUGAACACCCAUGCGGUAAUAGAGCCGUUUGUGAUUGCAACAAACAGACAGCUGAGUGUGGUUCACCCAAUAUAUAAGCUUUUGCAUACACAUUUCCGUGACACGAUGCAUAUAAAUGCCUUGGCACGGCAGAUCCUCAUCAAUGCUGGUGGGGUGCUUGAGAGAACAGUCUUCCCAGCCAAGUUCGCCAUGGAAAUGUCUGCUUUUGUAUAUAAGAACUGGGAGUUCACAGAACAGGCAUUACCUGCUGAUUUGCUCAAGAGAGGAAUCGCAGUUCCAGACUCAAGCUACCCCCAUGGCCUCAGACUUCUUAUAGAGGAUUAUCCCUAUGCUGUGGAUGGGCUAGAGAUCUGGUCAGCAAUUGAGAAUUGGGUUAGAGAAUACUGCUCUUUUUACUAUCCAACUGAUGACACGGUCCAAGACGAUUCUGAACUCCAAUCAUGGUGGAUGGAGAUCCGUAAUAAGGGUCAUGGUGACAAGAAAGAUGAGCCAUGGUGGCCUGAGAUGCAUACAAGGGCAGAGCUUGUCCAAGCCUGCACCAUUAUAAUUUGGGUGGCUUCUGCCCUCCAUGCAGCUGUCAAUUUUGGGCAAUACCCUUAUGCUGGCUUCCUUCCAAAUCGACCAACGGUAAGCCGCCGCUUCAUACCUGAGCCAGGCACCUCCGAGUAUGCCGAGCUUCUGUCAAACCCGGACUUAGCCUUCCUGAAAACAAUAACAGCCCAGUUCCAAACCCUCCUCGGUGUAUCACUGAUAGAAAUUUUGUCCCGGCAUUCAACUGAUGAGACUUAUCUUGGGCAGAGAGAUAAUCCAGAUUGGACCUCAGAUGCUGAACCAAUAGCAGCAUUUGAAAGGUUUAGAAACAAGCUGAUAGAAAUAGAAAACAGAAUUAUGGAAAUGAACAAUAAUAGGAGAUGGAAGAACCGGGUCGGGCCAGUCAGGGUGCCUUACACCCUGCUCUAUCCAAACACCUCAGAUUACUCUAGAAAUGGUGGCCUCACUGGAAAGGGAAUUCCUAACAGCAUCUCAAUCUAGAAUUUUUUGGUUUGAUAGUAAGAGAUUGUCAGAUAGGUUCUAGCGUCCUCAUUUUUCUUAUUGAUCUAGCAUUGUAGGCAAAGGUAGUUGUGCAUUAUCUAGAUAAAUUUACAAUCACGUGUGAUGUACCUAUUUUCUUAUGUGUGAAAUAUAUGAGCAGAUUCAAAGAAA